AUGGUGGAAAGCAACGGAGGCGCGGGCCUCGCAAAUGUCCGUGAGCGCACUGCAGAGCUUCGACAGCGCCAGGCGGCUGCAGAGGCGACCAAGAGCGACGCGACGGAGCAGGACAUUGCCGAUCAAAAGGAGGCACACGCCAACCUCAUCAAGGCUCGCAACACAAACUACGAGCACCGAUAUGGCCAUGUCGACAUGCGAGAUGACCAGAUUGUGGGCGGAGGAAAAGAGACAGCUCUCCAGAAGUACAAUCCUGGCAUCAUCAUCAGCGAGAAGGGCCGCGAGCAGGACAAGAAGCUCGAUGAGCAUUACGAAUACGAGUUUGGCGGUCCUCUUGGCGUCACGGCCAUGAUGACGCUCUUCCCGGUCCUGAUGUACUAUCUCUGGAUUUGCCUUUGGUUCUACGAUGGCCAGCUCGUCAUCCCCAAGAGCUUCGACGACAUCGUCCCCUUCCUGCACCGAAUGGGCCGGCAUGUCUACGAUCCUGCUGACGUGCUGGUCAUUCUCAAGGACGCCUUCCCCACAAAGCGCGCCUUUGCCGGCUACGGCGGUCUGAUGGUUUUCCAGUUCGCUCUGGCUGUCGUCAUGCCCGGGUACUGGCAGGAGGGUCUCCCGGUCCCUUCGCUCGGAUACAAAACGCUGAUGUACAAGUGCAACGCCCUGUCGUCUUUCUACGCCACCCUCAUCGUCUGCGCUGGCCUGCAUCUGACAGGUGCCUACCGGCUGACGACGAUCAUCGAGCACUUUGGCGAAUACAUGACCGUGUCCAUGAUUGCCGGUUUCGCCGUCAGCUUCGCCACCUACUUCCACGCCGUUCUGACGGGCACUCAGCACCGCAUGAGUGGCAACUUUGCCUACGAUCUCUUCAUGGGUGCAGCUCUCAACCCUCGGAUCGGCAAUGUGGACCUCAAGAUGUGGGCCGAGGUCAGGAUCCCCUGGGUGCUCCUCUUCCUCAUCUCCGUCAGCGGUGCAUGCAAGCAGUACGAAGUGUACGGCUAUGUGACAGCCAACAUGGCCUUUAUGGUCCUGGCCACGGGUCUCUACAUCAAUGCCUGCGCAAAGGGCGAGGAAUGCAUCCCUCAGACCUGGGACAUGUUCCACGAGAAGUGGGGCUUCAUGGUCAUCUUCUGGAACUUUGCCGGGGUCCCCUUCACCUACUGCUACAGCAUCGUCUACAUGGCCGCGCACCCGCCCCACUACUACAAGUUCAGCACGCCGACCUAUGUCUUUAUGUAUGCGCUCCUGAUCUUUGUCCACUGGGUCUUUGACUCGUCGAUGGCACAAAAAUCGCGCUUCCGAAUGCAGCUCCAGGGCACCCUCAAGGUCCGCUACACAUUCCCGCAGUGGCCCUGGUCCACACUCAAGAACCCACGGUACCUGCAGACGGAGCACGGCAACGCGCUCCUCAUCGACGGCUGGUGGCAGUACCUCCGCAAGCCAAACUACACGGCCGACUGGACCCAGUCGUUCCUCUGGGGCGCCUGCGCGGGCAUGAACUCGGUCAUCCCGUACUUUUACUGCCUCUUCUUCCUCGCCGUCCUGACGCACCGCUGCGGGCGCGACUUUGAGCGCUGCGAGCGCAAGUACAAGGAAGACUGGGUCAAGUACUGCAAGAUUGUCCCUUACCGUUUCAUCCCCUUUGUCUACUAG